AUGAAAGUUUUCAUGUUAAACUCACACUCCCUUAUAUCACUAGAUACAUCUAACAAGCUAUUCUAUACCUCCUUCAAAGGUAUUCAACGGCUCAAAUGGCUUGAUGGUUUAGACAAACACAGGUUAUACGGCAACUACAAGCAAUAUCCACCAUCACACCAAUCAAUUAUCUUAGAUGUCUUACCUUUUAAUCACUUGGUUGCUAUCUUAACCCCUUCAAAGUUACUAAUUAUUACUCUUUUACCAAAACCUUCAAUCAUUUAUAAAGCUAUAAACACAUCUUAUACCCCUUCUACAUAUGGUAACCUAUCUUUCAACAACGAUCACCUCAUCUUCAACUGGUCAAACACCCUCUACAAACUUUCUGUUUCAGAUAACUUCUCUUCUACAAACUCAAACCUCCCUUUACACGUCUCAUCUUGUCAUUGGCUAAGUCAUCUCAUUCUCAUCCGUUCUCCCUCCAACUUGAUCCUCAUUCACCCUUCUUCUUUCGAUGUCUUAGAAUCUCAUCCUCUAAAAACUCCCACUCAGUCUCAAUUCCAUGUCUCUGAUAGAUCCUGUUAUUACCUGUAUAACAACACUCUCCACAAAUCUACCCUCCUAAAUUACAAAUCUAGACUAAAUGACCUUAUCAUCAGCAAUCAGCCCAUAGAAGCUUUGCAACUUGCUUUAAAUUUUUUCAUGGGCAAAGUUGGCGACCCCCUCACCACACAGCUCCCCGACAAUCCCACACAACGUCAUUCCGCGCUACAACCUUACAUUUCUACUCUACUAGGUUCUUCAACGCGUUAUUUACAACUAACCAUCAAAUCUCAAAGUUUGGAUGCUUUAAAGUAUAUCGCAAAAUUACUCAUAGACGCUUCCAUCUUAGUUGACUCUUUCGAUAUUCUUUACAACGAUGUGUUUGAUAUAUACCAGACCGCAAAACGCGACAAAGAGUUUUUGGAGCAACUGGAGCCUAUCGUGAGGAGUGGCCAAGUGGGGAGUAUACCACCAAAUGUCUCACAAUUACUUCUCCGACUAUACGAUCCUGAGCAUCAUCAAACGCGUUAUCAAGACUUGGUAAUUCAACUCAAUCCCGCCGAGCUAGAUAUAAAUGGGGUUAUCAAAACUACACGCCAUUACAAACUUUGGAAGGCUUUUAUUUUUGUGCAUCUUACAGCACUUCAAGAUUUUACCACACCAUUACUCCAUCUCAUCAGUAUAAUAAGAUUUAGUGAGAGCGCGGAUGUGGAAAUUGGCACACUAUUCGCAUACCUCGGACACACACUCAGUGAUUUAGUAUACCCUACCCAACAGUCGCUCGAUUCUAUCGGUGGAGACGUCGUGUCAAACAAGGCAAAGUCAGAUAUUUACAGUUUAAUAUUUCGUGCACGCCUGCAUCCUGAUGACGAUAUGUCACCAUCACGCACACCUGACACAACCCCUUCCCAUUCUCUUUCCUACCCUUACAUGCGGGUGCUAUUGCAGCUGAAUGCUCGCGUAACCUUUGCCAUCCUCAACACGGGCUUUGAAGAUGGCUACUUCAACGAGCAUGCACCCAUCUCACGCCAGACGAUCAUCAACACGCUGUUAGAGAUGGUUUACACGCACGAUCUAAACGCGGACACUAUCGCUCAUGUUGAGGUGUUUGUAGCAAGUAACAUUAGCAAGUACCCACAAUUCAUCCUUCUCCCAUCAAGCACUGUCUUGCGGCUACUGCGCGGCUUGUCGGUUGAGGAUGGAGAAGAAUCUGGAGUGUCUCACCUAGAGCGUGAACUGGCUGUACAGAGCUUGUUAUCAACUUUCACUCUUCCCUCACUUUCUAAAAUCCACUCAGAUUUGCUUGGCACAUUUGAGCGCGCGCGGUUCUACAAGAUACUCAAGUCGAUCUAUAGAGCUAGGCGGGUGUGGGCGGAGUAUACCAGGGUGGUACUGAGUGAUGGAGACAUUACUCUAUUUAGUGAUCUCGACGUUGCGUUUAGGAAUGGUGGCGAUGGGCUCUUUGAUGUGUUUAAGGGGUAUGUUGAUGACGCUCUCAAGCUUAAUACUGAGCAGGUCGUCGCUCUCGUUGAGAAGCACAGCAUCAAGCCUGACGAGACGCACAAAAUGCUUGUGCGGUGGUGCAAAGAUAGCGCAAACACUGUGCUGUAUCUCAAAGCGGUGCUCGAGCAACGUGGUGAUGGAACUGCGAUGGAUUUGAAGCAUGAAUAUAUUUCACUCCUGGCACAGAGGCAAUCGCAAGAGCAUGAAAGUCAAGACCAAUACGGAGUUGAAAGCAAUGAUAUUUGUGCAGUGAUAGACGAAUAUACAUUCGAUGCAAGCUUUUUACACAAUCUUUUCACGCAGCACAAGAACAUUGCUGCGCAGAUGCACCUCCUAUAUCAGGAAAUGCGACUUGUUGAGGCGUUUGAAUGCCUUAAGGAGAAGGUGUUCACUGAGUCAGGUGUAGGAACACAGACGCGUGCAUUGGAAAAAGGAGCUGAGCUGGCUGUCAAGUAUACCAACACACAUUAUGGGGAUGAAGAUGCUGAGCGAUGUACCCAAAUUUGGCAUACUAUUAUGGUAUCAGCAAUUGAGACCAUACAGCACCACAGUCUUACUGAUGUUCUACUGGAAAAGGUGUUGAAUGGGCUACUGAUGCACACUUACAAUCACAAUGUUAAGUACUCGACACUUUUCAGCCAUCUCUGCAAUCACUUCAACACAUCGAACUCAGUUUCAGGUUCGCAUUUGCAAACUCCUAGCCAAUUUCGCACUAUUCUCUUAAUGUUCUUGGAGAGCAUCAGAGCGCGCCUCGAGAUCUACACGGUGGGUGCGCGGAUAAUGGACGCCGAGUGCGCACAGAAGCUGAAAAUGUAUGGAGAGAAGAGUGCGCAAGGAUGGCGAGUGAGUGAGGAUUACAGGCGAGAGUUGGAAGAGCUGAGGGGGUAUAUUGAACAAAGCGAGGAGUUGCACGAUUUGGCUGGGCAGUUGGAACAUCAGGGCGUUGAUUGGAGAAGUAUGUUUGAGGUACCGCACGUAACUAGAACAAGUGUGGAGGUGUAUCAGACGUGA